UGGCCGUUGUAGUGAAGGUUAUAGGCAUCUGUAAAAAUCGGAGAGAGUCACCACUAUGUUCCCCGACUACUUGGUGCAGGGUAGGGAAAAACUUAGAUACCAAGCAAUAUGAUAACUUGGAAAGGUGCAGCAGAUCUGGAAGCAGAACAAUUAAUCGCCUACGGUUGUUAGAUUUGACACUAGUUUGUUCUAUUGGCUAAAUGAUGAAAAAUAUUGUGGGCGAUUCAUAUUUUACUGUGAGUCAUCCCUGAGAUUCAUCAUUUGCGCAGUGUCAGCCCCUUUACGCACAAGUGUAAGGACAGAAAUCAAGUGCAACUACAUAUAUUGAUUGUUUACGAUUCAAGAAUCAUUUGCUAUGCCUGGAUACUACUUAACGACAAUUGACCGAUCUGGGAUCGACAAAAAGAACAUAUGUCCUAAAUGUGAUGAGCUUCUCAAAGAAGCAGUACAGACCAUAGCCUGCGGCCACAGAUAUUGUAAAGCAUGUGUUGAAGACAUACUAAGUCAGGUACCAGGAAAAUGUGUCAUAGAUGGAACACUCAUUGAGCGAGAACAGGUUUUCCAAGACCGAUUUGUUGAGCGAGAAAUCCAGUCAUUGACGCUACACUGCGUCAACCAUGAGCACGGUUGUAAAUGGAAGGAUGAACUGAGAAAACGAGAGGCCCAUGAAGCUAUUUGUGAGUAUUUGAAAGUACCUUGUGUUCACUCCGACUGUGGCGAACUGGUGACUAGAGCCCAAUUAGCAGACCAUCUGGAACAGAGGUGCCAGUAUAGGUUGGACACAUGUGAGUACUGCCACACUCAAGUCAUUUUUGCAGUUAUAAAGGAACAUCAUGAAACCCAGUGCCCUGCGGUGCUAAUCGAAUGCGCAAAGUGUAAUAGGAAGGACAUUCCUCGUGGACAGAUGGCUUCUCAUAUUGACCCAAUGAACGGAGACUGUGAAGAGAUAACAGCUUCUUGUCCUUGGUCGCAAAUCGGAUGUCCUGAAUCUAAGACCAUGAAGCUGCAAGAUAGAAAGGCUCAUGACGAGAAAAAUGUUGCUGGGCAUAUGUCGCUCCUCUUUCAAACAGUCAUGCAACUUCUCUCUCUGGUUGGGAGUAACCUUCGUGAACCAAAUCGCGUCAAUACUAAAGAUGUAAACAUUCCAUCCCAGAAAGAAUUGGAGAGAUUUUCUGAACAGAUAGAGCACGCGUUAAAAGAGAAUGAAGAAUUAAAAUCCAAGUUGUUGCGGCAAGAACAACGCAUACACCAGUUAGAAAGUGGUGGUGCUGGGCGAAACGAACCUAUUCCGAAUUCAUCUGCAACAGAUCAAGAAUCAACGAUGGAGCUCUCACGGAGAAUUCAUAAUGAAGAAGCUAAAACAGCUGACCUUGAAGUUCUCAUCAUCGAAGGGAACAGACAGAAUGAAGAUCUUCAACGGCAGGUUGCCACUUUAGCCAGAGCACUGGAAGCUGCCAAAGAGACGAUUAACAGGUUACAAAGGCAGUUAGAGUCUAUGAGUCACUCCCUAGCUUUGCGCAAUGUCACUCUGAGCGAUUUAGAGGAAUACGUGACACAACAAGAAGUAUCCAGCCACGACGGAGUCUUACUGUGGAAAAUUUCCGACUUCGCCAGGAGACGACGAGAUGCACAGUCAGGAGGUCAAGUGUCAUUUUACAGCCCGUGUUUCUUCACAAGUCGUUAUGGAUAUAAGAUGUGCGGGCGUAUCUAUUUAAAUGGUGACGGCAUCGGCAAAGGAACCCACAUCUCAAUCUUCUUUGUGGUGAUGCGCGGUCAGUAUGACGCGAUGCUCCGCUGGCCAUUCAGACAGAAGGUUACCUUCAUGUUAUUGGAUCAAGAUAAUGUGGAACACGUAGUUGACGCAUUCCGUCCAGAUCCUAACAGCUCCUCUUUCCAGAGGCCAAGAAGGGAAACGAACAUAGCAAGUGGAUGUCCUACCUUCUGCCCCCUGUCGGAGUUAAACAACCACGCUUACGUCCGGGAUGACACCAUGUUCAUAAAAAUUAUAGUGGACACCACAGAUUUGUAAACCGACCAAAAAACUUUCCAAAGUGGUAAUUUGGUGAAAACUUCUCGUAGUGUCUUAACGUUUUCUGCCCCAAAGUCUGGUGUCGUUGACUUCUGGAAGCUAAAAAGCUAGCUUAAUAUUCUUGAGCAAACUAAACGACCCCUUUUAAUGACGACUUUAGCCCUUAGAAUGAAUAUUAAUUUUAAAUGAAUGAUUUAUAUUUAGAGGGCGGACAUCGAUGGGAAGUUUUGCAAUAACAAUUUACUUUAGCCUUUAUAUUUUUGUGACAGUGGAAGGUCGAUAUCUAGAACUGAGGCGGAUAUCGAUGCGACGUUUAGGAAUAAUAACUUACAAGAUACUAUAAACUAUUUGUUAUCUUUUGCAACUUACUGUGACAUUUAUAUUUACAUGUAAGUGGUGGUGGUGGUUAACUACGAUAAGUUUUGUUUGGGGUUUUUUUUUUGGACCUGCCUGGCAAUAUUCACCACCUGAAAUUAACUUUGCAUGUAUUUAACGGAGCUUAGGAAAUUUUAUAUUUAAUUCGAAUUAUUGUCUUCAAACAUUAUUUAUUUAGGUUUAACAAAUUACUUCUUUAGCCAACUAAAUUAAUUCGAGGGUUUUCCCCCGGGUUCUCCGGUUUCCCUCAGCAUCAUAAUAUGUUGUUGGUCGACCAGAUUCUCUUUGUGAAUGCGUUAAGUAAAUUGUUUAAAAACGUCAA